AUGGGCCGCAAGUGGUUUAUUCCCAUUCAACCCAGAGAGAGUCCUUCGAAAGACGCCAAAGCCGCCCUCAGAGAUAGCUAUUCCAGACGUGCUUCCUCGUCCACAAGACCAACAAGAAGCUCAAGUACCGGGAACCCCUAUAACGCCAGUAACGACAGAGGGUGUGAUGUCUUUACAUAA